AUGGAGGAUAAUCCUCCUGAUGGAGGAACAAUUCACCGUAAGCGUAAAAAGUCAACGCAACGAGAUGAUGAAAGAAGAAGCAAGUCAAGGGCCACAAAUAAUCCACAGCGACAGCAACAUCCGCAACUGACAAAACCACCAGCACAGUUGGCUCCACUCAUUUUACAAGGUGUUAAAAAUACUCGCUUUCAGCUCAGCAAACUUAUAACGAAAAAUAUGCCGGAUGUGAAAUUAACAAACAUUCAGAGUAAUAAAAAUAAUACAUUUACAAGUACAACAGUUAAACUUACAUUUGCUGAUUCAUUCAAUCGUGAUACAAUUGUUCGUACUGGACUACAUUUACAACAUUUAAAUAUCAUAGCUGAACCAGCCAAAUGCGCAGAAGCACAUAAUAGUAAAGACUGUGACAAAAAUGCUAAUCAAAUUAAGUGUAAAAGCUGUGAGGGUAAACAUUAUGCAACCUCACACGAAUGUGACAAAUAUAAAGAACAAGAAAAGCGACUAAAAUCAACAAUUGAGAAUUAUUCAUCUACGUCAUCGACACGUACACGACCGUCACCGACACCUAAUAUUAAUGAUUAUCGUGCGUUUCCGUCAGUAGGCGGUCCACGUCAUCAAAACUCGUCAGCUACAUCGACUGUUGACAUUGUUGAAGCUGUCUUUAAGAAAGUUAUAGCAAUACUUCAACCAACUCUCGCUAAAAUAUUAGAAAAAUUAGAAUUAACAACAACCACCGCAUCACCAGCGUCUACUACUGGAACAACUACACAUCAGAAUCACAUGGACCUUGAUAAUUUUGCAACAGAAGAAGAUCCUGAUCAAAUUGAUUUGGAUGACAACGAAGACGGUAAGAGUAUAGAGAUUGAAGAAACACAAGUGAUUAACAAUAAUGAUGAUAGAGAAACCUUUUACGAGGUAAUGAACCAAAAUCUUAGCACAACUAAGCGUUUAGUAGCCACAACCACUGGUACGAAUAGUGUAGAGAAAUCUCUUUACUCAUUUCAACCGAAACAUAAAACAACUCAGGAAAAACAAUAA